AAAAAUAAUUACUAAUAAUUUCAUUUAUUAAUUUAUAGAUACAAAAUAAUUAGUGUGCCUCCGCUUUAAAUAAAUCAUCCUAACUAACCAUUUUUAUUUAUGAUAAAGCUCAACAGGAAGGCUAGCCAAGGCCAUGUUAAAACAAUUUCUGCUAACAGUAAGGAAGAUUAUUUAAAGGAGCGCAAUAUCUUUUUUAAGGGAAAUUGUCCUCAAAUCUAAAUUGACAUAUCUAACUCAAACAAGUUUUUAUCUUAGCAAUUCACAGUGCACUCAACAGCUUCGGCUUCAGUUUCUGGAAAUACAACCACGAUUGAGUAAUCCAGUAAUUCCUCACCUACGUCAAAAAAUGGGAAAAAUUCUCACAAAACUCACAGAUCAAUUGAGAUUACUUUAGUGGAUGUGCCUUAGAGUUUGAAAGAUAAGCAGUAGAGUAGCGGUUUGAACCAAAUUUCAAACAGGCAAAGCGCUUCGAUUUCUACUACUAGCCAGUAAAACAAUACAUAAACACCUAACUCCUUCUUAGAAAUAAAGUCAAUGCUUUCAAACACUUCUAAGAUAAAUUCGAAUAUAAAUAUGCCAAAUUAAAAUAAAGAGAAUUGCAUGCCAUCUCCUAAUUCUUGCGACAAAAAUCAGCAAUUUAAUUCAAUAAUAGGAAACAAUGCUCUAAACACAUUAAGCUCUAUUCAAGGAAGUUAAUUAAAUAAUAACAAUACAAGUAUAAGUGCUAAUUCUAAUAGCAAUUACUAAAUAAAUAACAAUAACACGUCUGCAACAAAUAAUCAAAGUGGGAAUAGUGUAUUUAGUUUCAAUGGAAAUAGCAGUGCAGUGGGAACAUUCUAAAAUAAUACUUCAAACAACAGCAAUAAUACUUCUAAUUUUAUUAAUUUGGCAAGCACAACAACAAACAGCAGCAAUCAGCACUUGAAUAUGCUGAAAGUAAAUUGUUCUACUUCGCCUUCAAGUAGAGUUAUAAGUACAAGCUUGCUGUAGGCUCCUUAGUCAUAUAAUUCAAAUAAUACUUAAAAAGCAUAAAAAUAAUCAAGUAAUCAAUUAUCUAAUUUUCAAUACAAACAAAAUUGCUCAGUAACUCAACAGUAAAAAACCUAGAUUCUUUGCUAUGAUGAUGAAAAUCAACCUGAUUGGUAGAAUAGAAUGCAUGGAUUUCAAUAAUAAUAACAGCAGUAGCAACAAUAACAGUUAAAAAAUAGUAUUUAGAAUAUAAAUUCAACAAAUAACUUUCAACAAAAUUAACUCGGAGGAGCUUCAGGUGAAAUCAAGUAAAUUAAAAAAAAAUAACUUGAGUCGUUUAAACCUACAUCUAAAGAAAGAGCUAUCACAUCUCCAAUAGGAAACUCAAAAUUAUUUCAAAAUGUUAAUAAUUUAGGUAUACAAAGCUUUAAUUUACUACCAUCAAAUUCUGCAUCGAAUAACACCUCAUUGAUAGUAAACGUUGCAUAACAAAGUAGCUAAAUUAAUAAUAACAUUAAUACAAAUUCAAAUGUACUAUUUACAGAUUCAAAAUCAUAACAAAAGAGCAAUAAUCAAUUAUAGUCUCAAACUUAAUCUCCUUUAGUUAAUUAAUAGCAGAAAUAAUCUCUCUUAAAUUAAAUUUAGCAAUAAAAUUAAUAACAAAAUAAUUAUCAAUAAAAUACAGUUUAAACUUAACCAAGUGAAUCAAAAUAAGGUCAAACUUAAUUGAAUUAGUUCAUUCAAGGACAUAAAAACAUCUCAUAAUUAAUAUAAUAGCAAAUAGAAAAUGAUCUUAAAACAACUUAAUAGUAAAAAUAAAAUCAAUAAUAAUCUGUGUAAAAGAAAAAGGAAUCUUCUUACAUAUAUUCGCCUAACAAGGAAAAAACUCUGAAGACUGACAAAUCAUAAAAAUCAAUAACAUUAGUUGUUGGAAAAGUAGACUCUAAAAUAAGAGCAAGUGAAAUUGAAGAAUAAAAAGUCAACAAAAAAGGACAAGAGAAUGCUGCAAGCACUCAAUAAGAGGAAUUAUUUAGAAUAAAGCAAGAAAAUGAAAAGUUAAUAAAAGAACUAUAAAUCUACAAAGUAGACCGUGAAUUAUAUGAUAAAUAGAAAGAAUACAUGUCAAAAGAAAGAGAAUUCUUUUAAAAUGAAAAGGAUCUCCUAAAUAAGCAGAUUGAGGAAUUGUAAAACUAGCUAAAAUCUAAAGAAAAUAAUGACUUUUCUUCUCAAAAAACAAAAGAGGCAGAAUCUUAAUUUUUGAAAGAAAGAAUUUUCCAAUACGAAAAGCGCAACAAAGACCUAGAAAAUGAGUACAACAUGAAUUCUAAAAUUUACAAAGAAACAAUAACAAAGAAUCAAGAAGUUUUUUAAAAAUAUGAGGAGCUCAAGAACGAAUUAGACCAGCUUAAUCAAAACUAUAAAAUUCAAUCUACUUAACUCACCUCUAAUUAAAUAGAACUAGAAAGGUUAAGGUUAAAAUCCAUAACUAUGGAGUAAGAAGAAGAAGACCUCAAGCAAAAUUUAAAGAAUAUGAAUGACAAGCUUCUUUAAUCUCAACAAGAAGUUAUAGAACUUAGAAAAAAAAAUAAAGAUCUAUAAAUUGAAAUAGAUUUAUAAAUACCUCAGACAACUACAAUCUAAAAACUAGAAUCUGAAGUAGAGUUAUGGAAAAUUAAGCACCAAACUCUUGAAAGAGUAUUAAACGAAGAGCGUAUGCGUUCUUCCUUUUCAUAUCAAAAUUCUGAACAGACAAGGUAAAGUGUAGCUGGUUUAGAAAUUGGAUAUCUAAGGUAAAAUUUGAGUGAAAAAGAGAAAACCAUUAUGGAACUCAGAAUUGAAAAUGAAAAAAUAGUUUAAUAAGUAAAAAACCUAGAAAUAGAAAUUUAAUAGAAACAAAAUAUAAUUGAUUCUUAGGCUCAAUAAUUUUAGUAAAACAUGGAGCACUAACAACACUUUGAAUUUGAGCAUUAGAAAAAGAAAAUUUUGUAAUUGUAAGAAGAGGCUGAUUAGUAAUUUAACUAAUAUAUUUAGACAAGAAAGGAACUAGAAAUGAAAAACAAAGAACUUGAAUAACUUAAAAACCACUUGGCUCAGCAAAAGGAGUCUAGUGAUCAAAAUGAGUUGUAGUCUUAUAAAAAAUUGCUUGAAGACUGUAGAAAUGAACUAGGUGAUGUUUAUUAAUUAAUGAAUUCGAGAAAAAGAGAUGCUGAUUUAGCUCAGAAAUAAUUGGCUGAGUAAAAAGAGAUAAUGGAUGAGCUUAAAAAUAAAAGUAGAGCAUAGGAAACUGAAUUGCUUUGCUUAAGGGAAACAUAUGAUAAUGUUGUUAGGGAGCUUGAAAAAACAAUAAAAUAAUAUGAAUAAUAUAAGAAAGUUUACGAAAUGUAAAGUGUGGAAUUGCACCAUAAAAAUAGAGAAAUUCUUGAACUCCUGUAAGAAGUGGAAGUACUUAAAAUAAAAUAUGAAGAUCUACUUUAAUAGUAGUAACCAGCUUCUGAAAACACAAAGCAUUCAAGAGUAAUUACAAAAAUGACAUUUUCUAGAGCUGAAGAAGAAUUUAAUGCAGAUUUAUUCUGA